GGAGCGUCCGUGUAGAUUCCGAGCCGUGCGCGCAUGCACAGAGGUUUUAUUCUCUUUCUUUCUCUCUCUUAAUAAACAUAUUUUAUAUGUUUUUUUUGCCUCCCUCGCAUAACCGCCCGCUUGUUCCGCGUUUGUUCCGUCCGGGUGAUCGUGUAUGUGUACCGUGUGGGGUUGCCCUUCCCUUUCUGACUAGAGGGAAGAAGCAGAACCGUUUGCUCUCGCUUCUGUACACUGGUAUGGAAACGAUUUCGUCAUUUUCUAUGUGUUACUACACAUUGUUGAUGUCGAAUUUCGAGGCUUAAUUGGGCUCAUUUUCGGGGUUAGUGAGAUCCGUUCAUAUUAUUGGCGUUAGUAUCCACUUCGGACCGUUUUCGGGGUCUUCCCCGUGGCCUUCUACGGUUCUGUGAAGCAGUGUAAUUCCGUUUCUCCGCUCGGGCGGAGGAGAUUAUGGUGUCACGGAAAAUACUUAUGUAGUACUCUGCUGAUAGUGAAGCUCGCAAUCCGUGUUUUGGGUGUGAUUAGCCCAGUGCAAAUGAUGUCGCAGUUUACUACUGGUUUAUUAGUGUGUAUGUUGAGCAUAGUAGCGCAUUGACUGUCAUCAGAUAGCUGUGUAUGCAACGUGCCCACUGAUAUUAUCUGCGCUGUGAAGCAUAGAACCCACGAUCGGCUGAUGAUCGAUUGUGCUUGCUGGCCAGGGAAGACAACGGCAGCAAUAUUCGGGGUGUGCGUGCAAGUAUUUAGUGUGCCAUAGAGCAUAGAUCAUAAAGUGAGUGUGUAACGGCAGAAAGAAAGAGAUGAUGAGUGCGUAAAGCAUAAAACAGAAGAACGGGGAAAAAAGAGCACUGCCUUCGGUGCGGAUCAAGUUUAUAGAAUGCGACCGUAGCGAUCGGUUCGUUGAUUGCAAUAGAGACAAUGUAUAGUUUCCAACUGUUUCCAUAGAGUGGGACUUUUUUAAAUUACUGACAAUGGCCAGAAAUUCGUAGGGGAGUCGAAUAGUGAAACGUUUAAGUUGAUCACGUUAAUUGGCUGAUUCAUUCGGAUAAGCGAGAGCGACGUUGUAGUCAUCGUUGGGUUGUUCCAGCAGGGAAAAUCGUGCCGAUCACUUUAUCGUCAAUAUAUGCCCGUCCAGGGUGGAUAAUUGGUAGAGUAAGCAAUGCAGGUGGUGUCGAUGAUUACGAAUAAUCGUCCAUCGAAUUUCAAUUGCAUACUUGAACUUGUCGUUGGCGACGACUUCGAUGCCAGUCCCUCUAACAAGCUAGCAGCGAACAGCAACUCAACACAAACGUGAGACGCGUUUCAGAGAGUCAAUAUUAGAGAUCUCUUGUGUGUGCUGUUAAAGGAUUUCAAGAUUGUUGCCGAAUGACGUCACGCCGCUGCGAGACUUCUUUUGCUGCAUUCUCCACCGUAGCAAUUUCAAGUGGACGGUCGUUCUGCUUUAUUCAUGAAUAAGUACGUACAUCGGACGUGUGUCAGACAGACAGAGCACAGCUAGAAUCGAAAAUUAUGAAGAAAAAACACACGCCGAUAAGCAAAGUAGAUGAAUUCAAAAAAUGUUGCCAAUAUGUUACCGCAGUGUUAUUCGAUCGAAAGUAACAAUGUGAUUGACGCGGAUGUUGCAAAUACUAAUGCCACCGCCACAACCAACACUGCAAUCGCUACUACUAGUGUUAUUAGUAAUACAACAACGACGACGGCGGCGACCACGACCAGUACCACCACUAAUCGCGAUCAUACGGCAACGAUGUGCAAAAUACCAUCGACGACGACGGUUGCUUCUGACGGUGAACUCGAACUGAUGAUGAUGGCAUCUGCGAGCAGUGUCAUUUCAGCUGCUGCUUCUACCAACAAUAACACCAAUAACAGUAACAACAACAGCAGUAGCAGCAGCAACGAGUUGGAUAUGUUCAAUAGCAAGGACCCUUACGCUGAGCUGGAGAGAUAUCUGGAAAAGGUCAAGGCUGAAAUCUCCGAGGUGUUUGCCCAACUAGAGUCGGAAAGCAUUCAGCGGGAACGGAAACAAACGCCACCGAUUGGGUCUGCCGAACGGGAUCUGGGCCUCAUCAAGGGCGGCGGUGGUGGUGGCGGCGGCGGCAAUGGAAUCCGGGACAGCAACUACAACACCAAAGCUACCGUUUGUCAGAAUGCGGUUUGUGUUCGCGACACCGUCGACGGUACCGGCAGGGCCGGCACAACGGAACGGCUGCUGCAGAAAAUUGUUGCUGCUGCACUGCCAAAAGAACCACAGGCUGUCUCAUCGCUACAUCAUCCCGGCUUGGGGCUAGAGCGUAACAAUGGUGCUUUUGAAUCGACGCGGUACUAUGAUGAUCCCACGUUCAUCAUCAACUCCGGCAACGCGCAUCAUCAUCAUCAUCAGCUUAGUGAACCGCACUUGGUGUUAAAAAUCGAUGAAGAUCAUGAUCACGAUAAGCUAGAAAAACGUUCACAGCGAUUCAAUAACUCAAACAACCGCCUUCUCACUGUUGGUGCUACUGACAACAGUCACUCGUCGGAUUAUGAAAACAAUACCUGCAGCAGCAGUCGCGAGCCGCAGGACAGCCUAUCCGACGAUAUGAGCUUGCUCGAGGAAUUGAGCGUGUACGAUAGUCAUGAAAACGAAGAAGACGGCUCAGACAGCAAGGAAACGGAAAUGUCCCCACGGCAGUUCCAGCAGCAGAAUCCCACAACCAGGCAUCCUCCCCUGCUGCAGCAACUGACAACCGACAAGCUGAAAACCAGUACAAAUAGUCUACCUUCCACUAGCCGCAAUUUUAGUCUACAUCAUAAAUUUAGGAAUCACCAGAACGUAAUCGAUGCCAAAAGACGACAGUUUUUCCUGCCCCUGGAGCAGGAACCAUUUCAACCAGUCAAAUCCAACAUCACCGAGCUGCCUUCGCCGAGCAGCACGUCGCUGCACAGCGGCUACAGUCAUCUAAUCCUGGAGGACCUGGGAACUAAGUCCAGCUCGGCGCCGCUGCUGAUGAAGAACGAGGAAGCUGAACUUGGCGAACGGAGGAAUUUGAGAUAUUCGCGAUCGCAAAGUGACCGACAUCUUGCAGAAAUAGAAGCCAUAGAGGCCUGCCGAUGGCUCCGAGCUGCCGGUUUCCCGCAGUAUGCUCAAAUGUAUGAAGAUCAUCAAUUUCCGAUCGAAAUCAAUGAUGUCGCUAAGGACCACCCGUUUUUGGAGAACGAUCCGUUGCAAUCGUUGUACCGCCGGCUGCAAACCUUGAACCGGUGCGCUAACAUGCACAUCGAUACACACCAACAUUCGCAUCCGCCGAAACAGAACGAAGAUUCGGACGAUGAUAGUUGUGCCCUCUCGGAGGCGUGGACUUUUGCGCACAACAGUCGACGAUGGUCGCGGGUUGAAGAUGCAGCCGGUUUGGUUAGCGUCAUUAAGCAAAAGCAUAGCAAUAAAAGUGAUGUCAGUACAGUUAAUGAGACGGAUUCCGCGGAAGAUUCGUCCAAGAGUGGAUCCAAGACAACCACAGAUGACAAAGAAAGCUGGGGUGAUGAUGGUGUAACGUUAAGUAUAUUGUCGGAUAGUGAUCAACAGGAUGGACCUGUACGACUCCGCCGAACUGGCAGUGAGCGACUCAAGGAUGGAGCGAAAGCACUGCUGCGACGGGUCGAAUCAAUCAAAUCACGUAGACGAAGGCGUCCAAAUCGCGAUGGGCUGGUUCUUAGUGGACAUCACUCUUCAAGCCUCUCACCGGCUCAUCACGCUCUGGACGACUUGAAACAUAUCGACGUGAUAUCCUUCUCCAAUCCUUCCUCGCCCCGGUCAUCUGCAGCGCACGUAGACCAUCGAAGAGACAACACUCUUGGAACCAAUGAGAUAGUAUCGAACCUUUUAUCUCCAUACACACUCAGCCCAUUCGGUCAUAUGGUAGAAGAUAAGCAAAAAGAGCCCAAACGUAGCCCAAAUAGAUCUAGUCCGUUACACUUUUUCAUUCAGCUACAGGAAGCUAAAUCGGGCGAUGAUUCGUCAUCCAUCUGUAGUGAAGAUAGUCAAGAUUUGAACACCGGGUAUUUCGCCGGAAGGAUUGUGAAAACACCGAGCAAGAAAUAUCCGAAAGCAAAGAAACUGCUUCGGCACAAGGUAACCGCCGAUGACUCCGGAGCCCUUUCCGAUUCGGAGUACCAGUCAAAAAUAAGACGGGCCAAGGUGACAAGCGAUCUAAAGGAAACCACCAAUAGUAACACUCUGCAGGUAUCUAAAUUGAACCGUGGUGGGUCGCUAAACCUGGGCAAGGGUAGCAAACGGUACCGUGAUGCAUUUCACAACAGAUCGAUGAGAGUAACUAAAACUUCCGAUGAAAAAGGGGCGAGUGAGGAGCGAAAACGUCCGACCGUCGCUCGUUGGCAUAGUUUUCAACAACCGAAGAAUUCAGAUGGUCGUCGAAUUAGCAUUGUGGACGUAAAGGAAGGCAGUAAGGAAAAGGUAAAAUAUUCUCGAGGCACCAGCAUCUACGAAAUGUCCUGCGGUCAGUUGAUGGUGGUACGAAAGCUCGCUCUAGUCACACUAACGGGGUACAUGGAACGAUACUGUCCCACGCAUCGGUCCGGUUGGAACUGGGAUCUGCCAAAGUUCAUCAAACGGAUCAAAACGCCAGAUUAUAAAGAUAGACGAGUCUACGGCAUUCCGCUGGUUCUCAAUCUGCAGCGAUAUGGCAACACUCUUCCGGAAAUAAUACAGAUGGCAUUGAAUUGGCUCGAGUUGAACGCUCUGGAUCAGGUAGGAUUGUUUCGCAAACCGGGCGUGAAAUCCCGAAUUGCCAAGCUAAAAUCGACGAUCGAAUCCAGCAACAAUACGAUCAACCGGAUGGCCGUUUUCGACGACUAUCACGCGUACGACGUCGCCGAUAUGUUGAAGCAAUACUUCCGAGAGCUGCCGGAUCCGCUGCUGACCGCGAAACUGUCCGAGACUUUUGUGGCAAUAUUUCAGUAUCUUCCGGAGGAAGUCCGCAUGGAAGCCGUUCAGUCGUCGAUUCUGCUGCUACCGGAUGAACACCGGGAGGUUCUGUACACGUUGCUUGACUUCCUGGGUAAAGUUGUCGCGAGUGCCAGUCAGAAUCAAAUGACUGCGAACAAUUUAUCCGUCUGUUUGGCACCGUCGUUGUUUUACUCGAUCUCCGGCAGCAGAUCUUCUACGGCUUCGCCGCGAAGAAAAAAGGGCGCCAUCGGGCAGCCGGAUGAGAAGGAACUGUCGGAAACUCGUGCUUCGCACGAUUGUUUAUGCUUCUUGAUUCAACACUAUCGUACCCUGUGGACCAUAUCCAGCGAUCGAAUGAAAAAAUGCAGCUUCAACUAUAUGGAAGAAUCAAAACCAGUGCCACUGGAAUCGCUGGGCGCGGAAUUGCAUGUGCAAAAUUGGCGAGGAUAUCUGACCGAGUGUAUUAAGGAGUGCGUGCGAGAGGGAAAGGAAAGGCCACGCGGUUGGGUUUCGCUGAAUUCGUCGGACCCUAGCGUAACGGUCCAUUUCAAAAAAGUUGGCGAUGGCCAUCCAUUGCGACUCUGGAAGGCUGUGACCGAAGUGGAGGCACCACCCACGGAGGUAAUCAAUCAUAUUCUAAACGAGCGGCACCUUUGGGAUGAUCAUUUGCUGAAGGCGAAAAUUGUUGAGCGGCUAGAUAACGACACAGACGUGUUCCAAUACGUAUGCGGACAACCCGUUACGGAUUAUUGUGUGUUAAGACAGUGGAACAAGCAGCAGUCACGGGGUGCUUGCGUCAUCGUUGAGGUUUCCAUAAGUCAUAAUGGCGCUCAACCACUGUUGGACGGAGUUCGAGGUGUUGUAUUGGCUUCCCGAUACCUAAUCGAACCCUGCGGAAGUGGCAAAUGCAAAUUGAUGCAUCUCUCCCGUGUAGACAUGAAGGGACGUACACCGGAUUGGUACAACAAAAACUACGGUCACAUCUGUCAGCAAUAUCUUUCCAGGAUCAAAAAGUUUUUCGAACACAAUACCGAGGGACCUGAAAGUAAAGUAUAGAAACAAAACAUUUCGAAACAACAUAGCAAGUGAAGAUAAACAAUAGCUACUAUCACACACACACACACAUACACCUACACAUACACCACGUAGAGAAAUGGUAAACUCGAGCGUCUCAAACGUAGUUUCCAAACAUUCCAAAUUUUUUAUUACCAAGUGCCUAAACCAUGAUAUUUUCUUAGUUUUUCUCUCCGAAACGAGAAAAUCACCAUCAUGAAAAGGGAAAUUUAUGAAACAAAACUAAAACUAGUCCAAGCAAAUAAACUUAACCAAUUUCACAACACUUAUAACAUGAAUCACGUUUUUUAUUAUUAUUUUAUAGUUAUACAUAAUUGUUAAAGUUUACACCAUAUCAAGAGAAGCAAAUCAAAUAGAGAAGUAGAUAAAGCAAAUCGGUGGAACAAAAUCAAAACAAAUAAUCUCAGUACCGUUAUUCUUAUGGGACCAAUGUCAAUAAAUAAUCUCCAGAGGUCUUCAUUGUAUGGUCAGUCAGUGCCAAUAAAUGUUCAAUUACCCUCCAAAAUGUUUGUUGUAUUAAAGCAACUAGAAAAAAAAUUGUUACUGAUGAAUGGAUUUAUUUGCAUAAUAAAAACCAAGACAAUUGUAAGAUUUCCACAAGAUUGUGUUUCGUUUUUUUCUACUUUAUUUUUCUUAAUCUCACAUCGUUCGCGCAUGGUACAAGCUAGUUACGUCAUUUUUUCUC